GCAACGGCGAAGUAACUGCUCGCUUUCGAUUGUGCGGCAGGCAGGAUAACUCCCGAAGCGUCCGUGCGAAAGCGUAUGCAUGCGCGGGUGUACACGCGUGAGUGUUACGUGGGCGAACGCGCUAUAAUGUCCGCUUACGUCGGGCUCGAGGGUUUUGUGGAUCGUAGUUCACACAAGGGAUGGCCGAUGUAGUGACCGCCGGGAGAUAGUCGACAACGUAGAGCAUUGCGUGCGCAACAGCGAGGGGCAGUGUGCCGCGACUUUCGUCCGGUCUCGCAAUUUUUCUCGCGUGUCUCUUCGUAUUAGGAUAUAUGUUACACACGGCGGUUCAGUCGGACCCUCGGCCAUAGUCGAGGGCUUAUUCCUUCAACUCCGUUUCCUGCUCUUCGCCUUUCGUCAAGUUCGAAAAGUGAAAAAUCACGUUCACGCGAAUAGCGCCGAAGAGAGACGAACGAAAGGGAAUUCGCCGACACCGCCGUCGGUUUUGCCCGACGUUGAUUUGAAAGAAGAAAAAUAUUAGAGCAAAAUGUCGUCGGUUAAAGUGGCGGUGAGGGUACGACCCUUCAAUAGUCGGGAGAUUCGUCGCGAAGCACAAUGUAUUAUAGAAAUGACGGGAAAUACCACUUCCAUAAUGAACCCUAAAGCCACACCGGGAAGCAAAGAUGCAGUCAAAAGCUUCAAUUAUGAUUAUUCCUACUUUUCUAUGGAUCCAAACGACGAGAACUACUCGUCUCAGCUCAUGGUUUACAAGGAUAUUGGUGAAGAAAUGUUGGUACAUGCUUUCGAAGGCUACAACGUUUGCAUUUUUGCAUACGGUCAAACCGGCGCCGGUAAAUCUUACACCAUGAUGGGGAAGCAGGAGGAAGGACAAGAGGGAAUUAUACCACAGAUUUGCAAGGACCUGUUUAGGAAAAUCAGCUAUACAUCCAACGAACGGCUCAAGUACUCGGUAGAAGUGAGUUAUAUGGAAAUAUACUGCGAAAGAGUGCGUGACUUGCUGAACCCAAAGAACAGAGGAAAUCUUCGAGUGAGAGAGCACCCUCUCCUGGGCCCUUACGUCGAGGAUCUUUCCAAGUUGGCUGUAAUGUCGUAUCAAGAUAUCCACGAUCUUAUAGACGAAGGUAACAAGGCCAGGACUGUCGCAGCAACCAACAUGAAUGAGACUUCCAGCAGAUCACAUGCAGUUUUCACGAUAUUCUUCACACAACAGCAACAGGAUGGUGCUACUGGUUUAGUAACAGAAAAAGUCAGCAAGAUAUCGCUGGUUGAUCUUGCGGGAUCUGAGAGAGCCGACUCGACGGGUGCAAAAGGAACGCGCUUGAAGGAAGGAGCUAACAUUAACAAGAGUUUAACUACUCUCGGGAAAGUUAUUAGUGCUCUCGCCGAAAUCGCGGCGACGAAGAAGAAGAAGAAAGCCGACUUCAUUCCAUACAGGGACUCCGUUUUAACGUGGUUAUUACGAGAGAACUUGGGAGGAAAUUCGAAAACUGCUAUGAUCGCGGCGGUCAGCCCUGCGGAUAUUAAUUAUGACGAGACCCUUUCAACCCUACGAUACGCGGACAGAGCGAAACAGAUCGUUUGCAAGGCCGUGGUUAACGAGGAUGCGAAUGCCAGACUUAUCAGAGAACUUAAAGAGGAAAUUCAGAAAUUGCGGGAACUUCUAAAGCAAGAGGGCAUCGACGUGCAAGAAGGGCCAGAUGGCAAAGUUACGUACGAAAAGAAAGAACCUAGAGACGAGAUUGUCAGAACGAACAAGCGCGAAGAGGACGUGAAAGAAAGCCGGUCGAGAAUUCCUUCUCAUACUACAUCUUCUCUUGCCGAGGAGGCGGUGGAUCAAUUGCAGGCUUCUGAGAAAUUGAUCGCAGAACUAAAUGAAACAUGGGAGGAGAAGUUGAAGCGGACCGAAUCGAUUCGCCUGCAACGCGAGGCGGUGUUCGCUGAGAUGGGAGUUGCCGUGAAGGAGGACGGUGUCACAGUGGGCGUUUUCUCCCCCAAGAAGACGCCGCACUUGGUAAACUUGAACGAGGACCCGCUCAUGUCGGAAUGCUUGAUUUAUUACAUCAAAGACGGGUUUACGCGCAUCGGUAGCGCCGAAGCGAAUAUACCGCAGGAUAUCCAACUGUGCGGCCCGCAUAUACUCAGCGAGCACUGCGUUUUCGAGAAUCACGAGGGUAUCAUAACACUGAUACCGAAGAACGGAGCUCUGAUCUAUGUGAAUGGUCGCGAGGUGACCGAGCCGCUCACUCUGACGACCGGUUCGCGCGUGAUUCUAGGGAAGAAUCACGUUUUCCGAUUCAAUCAUCCAGAUCAAGGUAUCGUACAUUCUUUGUACAAUCGUAUAGUGCGCGAACGAAGAGAAAAGGGAUCCCCGGUGGAAACACCUGGCAACGGCGAGACCGCAGACUGGGACUUCGCACAGGUCGAGUUGCUCGAAAAUCAGGGUAUUGAUCUGAAGGCUGAAAUGGAGAAGAGAUUGCUCGUGUUGGAAGAGCAAUUCCGCAAGGAGAAGGAGGAGGCUGAUCAGUUGUUUGAAGAACAACGAAAGAACUAUGAAGCGCGGAUAGACGCGUUGCAGAGGCAGGUGGAGGAGCAGAGUAUGACAAUGUCUAUGUACAGCAGUUAUACGCCGGAAGAUUUCAACAACAUCGAGGAGGAUAUUUUCGUCAACCCAUUGUUUGACGCAGAGAGCAACUGGACCGAGAGAGAGUUUCAACUGGCCGCUUCGGCCUUCCGCAAGUGGAAAUAUCACCAAUUCACGAGUUUACGGGACGAUCUUUGGGGCAACGCGAUAUUCCUUAAAGAGGCUAAUGCCAUAUCCGUUGAACUAAAGAAGAAGGUUCAAUUCCAAUUCACGUUACUCACGGAUACCCUUUACUCACCGCUACCACUGGAACUUUUACCCGUCAUAGACGACGAGGAGGAAGAUGAGAGGCCGUUCCCGCGCACCAUCGUUGCUGUUGAGGUUCAAGACACGAAAAACGGCGCCACGCAUUACUGGACGCUAGACAAGCUAAGACAGCGCUUGGAGCUGAUGCGACACGUGUACAACGAGGACUCGAGCCCCAGCACUCCGGAGGCCAAAGAGGAUAUUUUCCAAUGCCUUACAGUCUACUCUAAUCCGAAGUUCUCGCUCGCAAAUCUUUUGCCUUCGAGACAAAGAUUGGAACUGAUGCGCGAGAUGUAUCACAACGAGGCCGAGCUCUCGCCUACAUCUCCGGAUUACAAUGUCGAGUCCAUCAACGGAGGUGAUCCAUUCUAUGACCGAUUCCCUUGGUUUCGUAUGGUUGGCAGAUCCUUCGUGUAUCUGAGCAACCUCAUGUAUCCAGUGCCACUGAUCCACAAGGUCGCCAUUGUGAAUGAGAAGGGUGACGUGAAAGGUUACCUGCGAGUCGCUGUACAAGCCGUAGUCGAAGAGGAAAACAGCGAAUAUUCAAGUGGCGUUAGACAAUCAGCACGAAUUUCCUUCGAAGAUGACCUGUUCGGCGGGCAAAAGCAUAAUAAACGUAACACGCUUUUGGCCCAAACUUUGGAGAAGAAUCGACAGAUCAUGUUGCACGAAGAGCGUGUGGUUGAGGGACACAAUGAGGUACAGAAGGACAUGAAGGACGAGGAUGACAUGGGAGACGCCGAUAGCGGCAGAGGCGACAGCUCGGUUUCGAGCGACAUGAAGGAGGAGGAUUUGCCGGAUCAUCUACAACCUGGCGCGGAGUUUACUUUCAGAGUAACGGUUCUACAAGCUAUGGGUAUUUCCACAGAAUACGCCGACAUUUUCUGUCAAUUUAAUUUCUUGCAUCGACAUGACGAAGCUUUCUCAACGGAACCAGUGAAGAAUACAGGCAAAGGCAAUCCACCUGGAUUUUAUCAUGUACAAAAUAUUACAGUCACAGUCACCAAAUCUUUCUUGGAGUAUUUGAAGACACAACCUAUCGUCUUCGAGGUGUUCGGUCAUUAUCAGCAACAUCCGUUGCACAAAGACGCGAAACUGGAAUACGUACGACAACCACCGAAGAGGAUGCUUCCGCCAUCCAUACCGAUCAGCCAGCCGGUGCGUUCACCAAAAUUCGGCAGCGUCUUGCCGUCUCCCAGCACGUCUCACGUACAUGCCAAAUAUGACGUACUGGUGUGGUUCGAAAUCUGCGAGUUAGCGCCGAACGGCGAGUAUGUGCCGUCCGUGGUGGACCACAGCGACGAUUUACCGUGUCGCGGGCUGUUCUUACUUCACCAAGGUAUACAGCGGCGUAUUCGCAUCACCAUCGUGCACGAACCGGCUUCGGAAUUGAGAUGGAAGGACGUACGCGAGCUCGUUGUCGGCCGUAUCCGAAAUACUCCGGAGCCCGAAGAGGAGGACAAUGACUCGUCCGUGCUCUCGUUGGGCUUGUUCCCAGGUGAAUAUCUCGAAGUUCCUGGCGACGACCGAUGUAUGUUCAGAUUCGAGGCAGCAUGGGACAGCUCGCUCCACAAUUCAACUCUGCUGAAUCGCGUCACAUCUUAUGGAGAGCAGAUCUUCAUGACCAUCUCAGCGUAUCUCGAGCUGGAAAAUUGCGGAAGACCUGCGAUCAUCACGAAAGAUCUCAGCAUGAUUAUCUACGGAAGAGAUGCUAGAGUCGGCCCACGCUCGCUGAAACAUCUGUUUAGCGGCAGUUAUCGCAACCAGGAGGCAAAUCGACUCAGCGGUGUCUACGAGCUGGUCCUGCGUCGUUCUUCGGAAGCAGGUAGCCCAGGAGUUCAAAGACGUCAACGUCGCGUCUUGGAUACGAGUUCUACAUACGUCAGAGGCGAGGAGAACUUGCACGGAUGGAGACCACGAGGAGACAGUCUCAUAUUCGAUCAUCAGUGGGAGCUGGAGAAGCUAACAAGGUUAGAGGAGGUAGAGAGAAUGCGGCACACACUGUUGCUGAGAGAGAAACUCGGCAUUGACAAAGUAUCGUUCUGCAAUAAACCACUGCAUGACUUCACGAAAAGCGAGAAGAGCUACUCACGACGAUUCUCCGGUGCGCAGGACGUAUGUAACAUGGUGGCGAAGGCCACGAAUGAACCACACGCCAGCCCGGUGAAGUUAAAACGCUCGACCAGUAAAGACGUCUACGAACCAUGGGAGAUGACCGAAAGAGAGCGAGAAUUAGCGACCAAGUGUAUUAAGCUCAUUCAAGGCAGAAUCCCGAGCAAGGAACCAAUAUUGCUUUCUGAUGUAUCGCCUGGAGAAGACACUAUAACUGAUAUAUCCGCUUCUAUGAUAUCCUCGGUCAUAUCGUCUUCGUCUCAAGAGUCAGUAUACGCGCGAGCUAGCGAUAUUUUAGACCAGGCUGCUGGUAUAGUAGUAUGGAGCAGGUCUAAGUCGUGCCUCCUUAGGUUGAGCUCGCCGGAGAGGGCUAGACUGCAAGAGCUCCAGGAGAGUAUAUUGGCAAGCGAAUCGGCCAGUCAGACCUGUACGGUCGUGCCACCGCCGCUCGGAUCGUCCUCGCCGUCGAAGGAGAAUCUGGUGCUCUACGUGCCGGAAGUAGAAGAGAUACGCAUUAGCCCGGUGAUCGCGCGAAAGGGUUACUUGAAUGUUCUCGAGCACAAGACCAACGGCUGGAAAAAACGCUGGGUGGCUGUGCGCAGACCAUACGUUCUGAUUUUCCGAGAGGAAAAGGAUCCCGUUGAGAGAGCUCUUAUCAAUUUAGCCACCGCUCAAGUCGAGUAUUCCGAAGAUCAGCUAGCCAUGGUGAAAGUACCGAAUACGUUCAGCGUUGUCACCAAGCACCGAGGCUACUUGUUGCAGACUUUAGGCGACAAGGAGGUCUACGACUGGCUGUAUGCGAUUAAUCCUCUCUUAGCCGGUCAGAUCAGGUCGAAACUCGCGCGCAAAGGACCGACGGCUCCAAAUAUGAACAACGUCGCACCCAUCAGGCUGACACCGCCGUUGGAGCAACAGAGCAGCCAGACUAACGUUUCGUGAAACAUUGAGGAGCCGUCAUCAUCGUCGCAAAGUGAACGAGAGCAGGCUAACGAUGAUGCGAUCUGUACCAAGUAUGUAAGUUCAUGUACUUGUUUGUAAGGUAAUUAAACAUUACAAAAUGUUUCCGUUUGAUCGUUUGCUAUGGGAACGUGCAUCGAUGCUGUAACUAGUAUUUAUUAUAAAUAUAUUAUGAUUACUCUCUCGAAUUUCGCUAGGCUCACUGUAAGUGGUAACGUGUAAUAAAUCGGUCAAUAAAAAGCUUAUGUGCUUAAUAAAUCCUC